CGCUUUGGAGCAAUGGAGGCGAAUCAAAACCAAUUUGUUCACUGGAAUCAUCAAGAUGAAAGGAUGGAGAUGAACUACUUUGGAGCAAUGGAGAUGAACUUGGGAGCAACGGAGAUGAAUCAAAACCAUGUGCAGGAUGAAAGGUCGGAGACGAAUUUUAGAGCAAUGGAGAUGAAUCAAAACCAUGUGCAAGAUGAAAGACUGAAGAUGAAUUUUAGAGCAAUGGAGAUGAAUCAAAACCAUGUGCAAGAUGAAAGGUUGGAGACGAAUUUUAGAGCGAUGGAGAUGAAUCAAAACCAACUUGUUCAAUGGAAUCAUUGUGGCCAAGAUGAAAGAGAUGCAUGCUUUCGCUCUUUACCGCCGGGUGUUAGGUUUCGUCCCUCUGAGAUAGAAUUAAUUUUAUUUUUCUUGAAGAGAAAGAUGAUGAAUCAAAGCUUACCGAUGAACAACAUUCGAGAAGUUAAUCUUUAUCAAUAUAGCCCUCAAAAACUAUUUGAGAUGUUCCAACUAGAUGUAAAUGAGAGGUGGUAUUUCUUUACUCCAAGAGAUAGGAAGUACCCAAAUGGGAAUAGACCCAACAGAACUGCAGGUGAUGGAUUCUGGAAGGCUAGUGCGCGUGAUCAUACCAUCACCAUGGAUGAUAACGAGACGAUUGGAUACAAGAAAUCAUUAGCUUAUCACGAAGGAAAGCCUAAAAAUGGAGUGAAAACAAAUUGGUUAAUGAAAGAGUAUAGACUCUCAAAGACAGAAUUGGAUAUGUGGGUUGUAUGUGAGAUAUACAAAAAAUCAGAAAAAUCAGAGAUUGUUAAGCCACAUCAUCAACACAACACAACUGUUGAUGAUGGUGGACAAGGCUUCCUAUCUGACUAUGGUGAUCAAAGGUUGUCAUACGGUUAUGGGGCGGCGGUACCCCAGUAUGUGGAGGACCUGAAGUUGGAGCCUCAAAACCCACUGCAGGAAGUUUUGCAUCCGGGUUUCUAUGCCUGGAAUAAUGCCUCAGCAUCAACGUAGUUUCACUGGUGAAGGUUUUCCCAGAGAGUUUGUACAGGAGGGGUGCAUCCGCGAGCUCCAACAGCAUCUAAUCAUCAAAGCCAGCCGCAUAUGCCGUGGGUCACUCGCCGCUAAUACUCUCACUCUCUAGUAUAUAUCUAUUCUAAGUCAGCAUUCUUACUUUGGCCUAAAAGUGUAGUAGAAACUAUUAGUUGAAUAUGAAAAGUUGAGUGUCAUUUUAUAUAUAUUGUCAAAUGAGUAUGUGAAAGCAAACUUUUUCCAAAAUAAGAUUACUGCUUCGGUCCUACAAGAAGAUACAA